AUGGUUGGUGGAUUUUCCGAGUCUUUAGAUUUACAGAAUGCCAUUAAGUCAGCAUUUAAAGGACUAGAUGUUAUUGUUCCCGAAGAAGCUUCAAGCUGCGUUGUGAAAGGAGCAACCAUUUUUGGCCACAUGCCAAAAGUCGUUAGUGAACGUGUUCUAAGAUAUACAUAUGGAAUUGAAACAUUUGAGAAGUUCGUACAGGGACGUCACGCACCAAGUAAACGUAUCAUUACGGACAAUUGCUCGGUAUGUCAGAAGGUAUUUAGCAAACAUGCCGAAGUAGAUCAAAAGGUAAAAGUUGGGGAACCACAAGUUUGGCGUACCUACAAUCCUCAAUAUAAAUCCCAGAAACAUAUGUCAUUUUCUGUGUGUGCAUCAGACAAACUAAACCCGAUUUACACAGAUGAGAGGUGUAUUCAUAUUGGUACGUUGCAGAUUGACUUAGACGAUCAUGACGGGGCAUUGGAUCGGGAGGUUUUAGUUGCCUUCACAUUCAGCGGAACAGAAAUAGUUGUUCAAGCAAAGGAUAGAAAAACAGGCAACGACUCCUUCGCUUGGAUAAAGAAACGGCCUUAUAUAUCAAAACAUCUUUAUUUGCCAUACAUAUGA